AUGAUCAUCAAUUUCGUGCGAUGUCGGCGGGUGGCACAGGUUGUUACAGACCUGUUGCAGCACCAGCAGUCGCCUUACAACUUAAGGCUGUGCAGAGACGUCCGUGAGUACGUACUUUAUCUUAAAGCAGGAGUACCUGACGAACUAUACACCCAAUCCCUACUAUUGGAGCCCCGCAAUUCAGGCACCUUGGACGCUGAGGGGAACUUGAUACGGGCCCCCGCAAACAGUGAUGUGUCGAGAAGCCAUACCAUAUGCCGUGCACACUAUCUGCACAGAGUGGCCGCUAUGAAAGCAGAGGUAGUUCCAUACAGAGUGCCGUACGCUAGUGGUAUCCGAGAGAUGUAA